AUGGUCAGUCAGAACCCCAAGUGUGGCGGUGACCAUUAUAUCAACGUGAAGCAACGGUCCAUUUCCGUCUCGUGUCAGGGGAUGAAGGGUCGGUAUGUGGGCGUCCGUCUUCCCGGACCCUCCCGAAUACUGACCCUGUGUGAAGUCCUGAUAACUUUGGCACCCAAUGACGUCCCUCCCCACCCUGCAAUGGAGGAGAAAGAAAAGGAAGGAGACAAAGAAGAAGAAAAAGGCACAAAAGACCGUGCUAUGGAGAUGUGGAACCAGAUAAAAGUCAGUAAGAUGUUCUGGCUUGUGCUGGGUUCCGGCCUAUUGAUACUAGUGCUGGUUGUUACCGGUGUGAUCCUGAUAAUCGGUUUCGCACCUGGAGGGAGGAGUCAAGUUGAAAAUGUGAUGAGCCGGAGUGGCCAACAGAAUUCUAGCACUUCGUGGUCGUCGCCCUCCUAUAAGCAGACAAGCUCGCCCGUCGUCAGCUCAACCUCCUUUUCCUCACUUUCGGGAUGGCGGCCGACAGGAUCAGAGACAGACACCCACCGUGGAAACACCGAGAUCUUACUGACAACGAUCGCACCUCUGGCAACCACAGCGCCAUGCCCUGACGAUUACCAGAAGUACCAUGACGUUUGCUACAAGGUGUUUGCCACACCCAAAACCUUCUCUGACUCGUCUGUGACCUGUGAGACUGCCGGAGGCACCCUCGCCAUGCCCCGUGACGCCGGCACCAACACCUUCCUCAUCAGUAUUAUGAACAAGAACCGUCACGCUGACGCCUGGAUCGGUCUACAUGAUCGGAAACGUGAGGGACGGUGGAUGUGGAUAGACGGCACCCCAUCAAGGACUGGCUACACGGCAUGGGGACCAGGGGAACCCAACAACCAAAACGGCAAACAGGACUGCGCCAUGUACUGGACUGCCAAUAGAAGCCUGUGGGAUGAUGCGUAUUGUAACCGUGAAGAGAAGUUCAUCUGCCAGGUCAAGCCAUCAGGUCAGUAG